GGGCCAUGCCGAUCCGUAGCCAUGCAGCAGCUCUACCUCGACGAUCAAAGCAUCAGGGGCGUCGAUGACUCUCCCUUUCGUCUGCGCGUGCACGAGCGCGCUCACCAUAGCUAGUCCAGCUGGGACCAUGGAUGUUCGCGCAUAGCAUACAUGGCAUCCCCAGCCACGCCGAGCCCCGGGACUCCGGACUAGAAGAGAAGAGGGGCCGCCGCCGCCGCCGCGAUGAUCUUGUCGAUGCCGCCGUCGUACAAAGAUCGACUGCAUUGGCUGGCGCUCCGUUUCUGCAGGACAAGCAAUGCUCUCUAUCGCGCGCCGCACCGCACCGCCGCCAAUCCAAUCACGAAUCUUCACCUUGGUCUCGUCGAUGCAACUCCGAGCCAUCAUCUCAUACCUCGAUUCGUCUUGCGUGCGCGCGCGCGGCAGACAAAGGCGGGCGGGCGGGCGCAAAGGGGAAAAAGUUCAUUGCAACAACGACGAGCACACGCAGGCGAGGGCAGACAUUCCCGCGCCCGCGCAUACCUCGUCGAGGCACGCCGACGACCGCCACCGCAUGCUGAUGCUCGCAAUGCUAGCGAUGCGAUGCGACGACGCUCUGACUGCUCUCCAUGCAAGGCUGAAUGGAUUGGAAACUCUGACUGCGUCUUGCGCUGACGUUGGUCGUACCUCGGUUCUUGUGAGGCACGAAGAAAAAGAAAAGAUCCCCCUCGGCACUCGCCGCUUUCGAAGAUAUAAAAGGCAUCACAUCACGCACACUCUCACGCCCAGGCUCACUUCAACUCUCCAGCCCUUCGGCAAUCUCUUUCGCGGUGGCGACACACACGCGACACACACGCGACACACACGCGACACACACGCGACACACACGCGACACACACACACACACACACACUCUCUCUCUCUCUCUCUCUCAGAGCGCACCCAUUGAUCGGCUCCAUUCCAGUUUCUUUGCUGGCGUGCCCUCCUUACACCCCAAGUCGUCUUCGUCGUCGUCGUCGUCGUACAAACGCAA